UAUUUCAGUACAAUUCGAGCUAUCGUCGUUGGAACGUCGAUGUGCUUCGUGUAUGGGAAAAGAAGAAUAGAGGGAGUUGAAUAGAGUUCAAUCGACUAUGUUAGUGUGCGUACGUUAAUAUGUACAUAUUUGUACGUGCCUUUCGUGUAUUUUCUGUGAUCUAGUUUCUUGAAAACGUGACACGACAUUUGGAGGAAACGCGUGAUGUUCCGAAAGUGAUUUUGAAAACUGAUGAUUUUCCUCUCCUAAAUCCUAGUCCUUUCCCUUCUUCGUACAUUCAAUUAUCAUCAUCAAAAGUUUUCAUCAUUUAAGAAUCUUUUUCAACUUGCUCGAUUUAUAUACACCGACAAACGAUUCCAAUCUUCAAAUUCAUAACGAUACCAAAGAGUAGAAGAUAGAGCAUGCCAAUUAAAAGAUGGAUCUCACCGAGCUGUAUCAUUCUAUUUUGUAUCAUUGGCACGAUAUCAAACAUUUUCGGAAACCCGAUCCGAGAAAGGCAGAAACGAGAAGCGGAAAUUGCUACGACAAACUGGACAAAACUAGCGGACGAAUGGCUAAAAGAGAGAACAAAAGCCUCGGAAAAUUUUGAUGUUGCACUUUUGCCCUUUAACAAUAGAUUUCGAAAAUUACCGCCAACCGCAGAUACUAUUGUUAUUAACCAAACGAAUACCGAGCAAUUAUUACGGUUUAAUUAUUCACGGAUGCUAUGGGAAAUGGAAAAAGUACAACCAAGCGGACACCUGUCAUUGUUUGUGGAUAAGGCACUAAAGUUACUCGAUUUGAGAAAAGUGAUGAUGGAAGUUGAAACUUCGGUAAUGUCGAAGGUUUCAUGUACGGCGUGCAAAGUCGGUGCUGGUUUACUUCAGAAUUAUAUAAAAAAUGGCAGAAGUGAUAAAGAAAUCAUGGCGAAUAUAUAUCAAUUCUGUGUCUCCCUUAAUAUACAAAGUUCACGGGUUUGUGAAGGUGUCACUUUGGUAUUUGGAGCUGAAGUGAUUUAUGUUUUAAAACAAGUUGAGAUGGGUCCAGCUCAAAUCUGUAGUUUUGUUAUUGGUGAUGCUUGUGAUGAUGCUUAUAAUCCUUUACACGAAUGGGAAGUAGCUUUUCCACCUGUAAAAAAACCACCAGUGAAACCACCUGUACCACCACAAGAAAAUGCACCAACAUUUAAAGUUUUACAUCUUUCCGAUACACACUUUGAUCCUUAUUAUCAGGAAGGUGCAAACGCUGAUUGUAAUGAACCAUUAUGCUGCAGACUUACGAAUGGAGCUCCUUUAAUACAAUCAGCUGCAGCAGGUAGGUGGGGUGAUUACAGGAAGUGUGACACUCCAAAGAGAACUGUUGAUCAUAUGUUGAAACAUAUCGCUGAAACGCAUCCAGAUAUCGAUUAUAUAUUAUGGACUGGUGAUUUACCACCUCAUGAUGUAUGGAACCAGACAAGAGAAGAAAAUCUUAAGGUUCUGCAUGAUACCGUUAUGCAAAUGAUUCAAAUGUUUCCAGGUGUACCUAUAUUUCCAGCAUUAGGAAACCAUGAAAGUGCACCAGUUAAUAGUUUUCCACCACCCUUCGUACCCGAAGAAAAUAAUAUAUCGUGGCUCUACGAUGCAUUAGAUAAACAUUGGAGACGUUGGUUACCUGCUGGCGUCUCACAUACGGUUCGAAGAGGGGCCUUUUAUUCGGUUUUAGUGCGGCCAGGAUUUCGAAUUCUCUCUGUGAAUAUGAAUUAUUGUAACAAUAAAAAUUGGUGGCUUUUAAUUAACAGUACCGAUCCAGUUAGUGAAUUGCAAUGGCUCGUCUAUGAACUACAAGGUGCUGAAAUGAACGGUGAAAAAGUACAUAUAAUUGGUCAUAUACCUCCUGGUCAUUCGGAUUGUCUUAAGGUUUGGUCCAGGAAUUAUUAUCAUAUAAUCAAUCGAUACGAAUCCACCAUCACGGCACAAUUUUUCGGACACACGCAUUAUGACGAGUUUCAAGUAUUCUAUGAUACUCAAGAUCUUCGAAGAGCUUUAAGUAUAGCUUAUGUAGGACCUUCAGUCACACCUUAUUAUGAUCUUAAUCCGGGAUAUCGAAUAUAUUAUGUUGAUGGAGAUCAUCCAAAAACGACUAGGAUGGUCGUCGAUCAUGAGAGUUGGGUGAUGAAUUUAAAAGAAGCAAAUCUUUAUGAUUAUCCUAUCUGGAGUAAGAUGUACAGUGCCAGACAAGCAUAUCAAAUGGCAUCGCUCUUGCCGAAGGAUUGGGAUUCAUUGAUCGAUAAAAUGUCUAACGAACCUUCUCUUUUUGACAUUUAUUACAAACAUUAUUAUAAGAAUUCUCCAGUACGACCGUCGUGUGACGACGAAUGUCGGAAACGUUUGUUGUGUGAUCUAAGAAGUGGGAGAAGCCAUGAUCGUAAAGCAUUAUGCCAAAGUAUCGAAUCAAGAAUCGACAAUGAAACGAGAACAGGAUGGAGAGCAUGGAUCUAUAGCGGUUUGGCAUUAUCGUACGUAGAUAAAUGGUGGCAUAAUAAUUAUAACGGAGACAUUAGAACUAACAGCGUUAAUUUAUAAUUUUUCGCAUAUUCACACUAUCACUAUUGUUAAAACGUAACGCUAAAGAAUUCCUAAUGUGCAGUACUCUUAUGUGCUUCUCUGCAUUCGCUAAAAGCAAUUAAUGAAUGCUUUUUUAAGUAACGAUUAACCAUAAAAAUUACACAUGCGAUAGAACAAAAUUCGUAUAAUAUUGCAAUAAUGAUUUAUUGAUUUCUUUAUUAAUUAUUGGAUAUUUUCCAUAUGUGUAAUAUUGCGAGUUAUUAGGAUAGUCCUAAAGACAAUGAAAUAUUGGUUUAAUUUA